GGACCGCGGCGACUACCGAGGGUGGUGAGGGGCGGGCCGGGCGGGUGUCCCAGGCGGCGGCGGCGGCGGCGGCAUGGCAGGGCGGCGGGUGAACGUGAACGUGGGCGUGCUGGGCCACAUCGACAGCGGCAAGACGGCGCUGGCGCGGGCGCUAAGCACCACAGCCUCCACCGCCGCCUUUGACAAGCAGCCGCAGAGCCGCGAGCGCGGCAUCACGCUCGAUCUGGGCUUCUCGUGCUUCUCGGUGCCGCUGCCCGCGCGCCUGCGGUCGUCUUUGCCCGAGUUCCAGGCAGCGCCCGAGGCCGAGCCCGAGCCCGGCGAGCCACUGCUUCAGGUUACGCUGGUCGACUGCCCCGGGCACGCCUCCCUCAUCCGGACCAUCAUCGGCGGGGCCCAGAUCAUUGAUCUGAUGAUGCUGGUCAUCGAUGUGACCAAGGGGAUGCAGACCCAGUCAGCGGAAUGCCUUGUGAUCGGCCAGAUUGCCUGCCAGAAGCUGGUCGUGGUGCUGAACAAAAUAGACCUCUUAGCUGAAGGAAAGAGACAGGCAGCAAUUGAUAAAAUGACCAAGAAAAUGCAGAAGACCCUAGAGAACACCAAGUUCCGAGGUGCACCGAUUAUACCCGUGGCAGCCAAGCCGGGGGGACCAGAGGCCCCUGAAACUGAAGCUCCACAGGGCAUUCCAGAGCUCAUUGAGCUCCUGACGUCCCAGAUUUCCAUCCCAGCGAGAGACCCCUCGGGACCGUUCCUCAUGUCUGUGGACCACUGUUUCUCCAUCAAAGGCCAAGGCACUGUGAUGACAGGGACCAUCCUUUCAGGCUCCAUCAGCCUCGGUGACAGUGUGGAGAUCCCUGCCCUCAAGGUGGUGAAGAAGGUGAAGUCCAUGCAGAUGUUCCACAUGCCCAUCACUGCAGCCAUGCAAGGAGACCGGCUGGGCAUCUGCGUCACCCAGUUUGACCCCAAGCUGCUAGAGCGCGGGUUGGUGUGUGCCCCCGAGUCCCUGCACACUGUCCAUGCAGCCCUCAUCUCUGUGGAAAAGAUACCAUAUUUCCGGGGGCCCUUGCAAACCAAGGCCAAAUUCCACAUUACAGUGGGCCAUGAAACCGUCAUGGGCCGGUUGAUGUUCUUCAGCCCUGCUCCAGAUAACUUUGACCAGGAGCCUAUACUGGACUCUUUCAACUUCUCUCAAGAAUACCUCUUCCAGGAGCAGUACCUGUCCAAGGAUUUGACACCAGCAGUGACAGACAAUGAUGAGGCCGACAAGAAGGCUGGCCAGGCCACAGAGGGCCAUUGUCCUCGGCAGCAGUGGGCCCUGGUGGAGUUUGAGAAGCCCGUCACCUGCCCUCGGCUGUGCCUGGUGAUUGGCUCCAGGCUAGAUGCGGACAUUCACACCAACACGUGCCGGCUAGCCUUCCAUGGCAUCCUGCUCCACGGGCUAGAGGACAGGAACUACGCCGACAGCUUUCUGCCCAGGCUGAAGGUGUACAAGCUGAAGCACAAGCAUGGCCUCGUGGAGCGGGCGAUGGAUGAAUACAGUGUGAUCGGCCGCUCCCUCUUCAAAAAGGAGACCAACAUCCAGCUCUUCGUGGGGCUCAAGGUGCACCUGUCCACUGGGGAACUGGGCAUCAUCGACAGUGCCUUUGGCCAGAGUGGCAAGUUCAAGAUCCACAUCCCAGGUUUGCAGAGCUGGACAGCAUGAACUUGAAGCCACUGCAGCCAUCCUGUACCCACAAAGGGAAUGAGAUCCACAGCACAAAGGGGUGACGGCCAUGUCGAGAAAGGCCAAUGGAGAAAUGAAGAGAUGGGUUCCUGCUGGCUCCAUCUGAGCCCUGGAUCCAGCUAUGCCUGGAGCUCACCCCCAUGUCAUGGGAGGCCACACAUUCCCUCUGUUGCAGAAGCCUGGUGCCGCGGGUUUCUGCUUUGUGACUCAGAGAGCGAUCGUGGUGGGUGCGGUCAGCUGUGCCUCUCACUGUCCCAGCAGGGUUCCUGACCAGCAGCAGGUCCUGUUGCUUCACCUUCAAAGCCUGUCCCGAAUCAGUCAGCCCCCACCCCAUGGCCGCCAGCCCAGCCAGACCCAGUCACCUCCCACUUGGACCAUCACAAUUGCCUCACCCUGGUCUUCUGCUCUGCCGGCUGCAGCCAGAGAAUCCUGUUGAAACGUGUCAGGGCCCCUCUUCUCUGUUGUAAACCCUCUCACCCGCACCUUCCUCAGGGCAAUUGCCAGAGUCCUCACCAUGACCCCCAGGCCCUGCAUGACCUCCCUGACCUCCUCUGCCAUCUCCCCACUCCUCCCAGGUCUCCAGCCUCAGGAGAGGGAGCCCCUUCUCCUGGAUGCCCCAGGCACUCCCUCCCUCCUCAGGGCCUCUGCACGCAGCUCCCACUGCCCCCAGGUUGCUCCCCACCCAUUCUUCAUUGAGCAGCCCCAUUGCCCCCAGCCCCGCAGUAAAAAUCCACAUUCCCACCC